AUGGCGGAACCUGUGAGGAAAAGGGUUCUGAGGCCCGGAGGUGGCUGGGGUGGCCGAGGGGCUCGGGGUGGCCGCGGGGCUCGGGGUGGCCGCGGGGCCCGGGGUGGCCGCGGCGGCCGGGGCGGGCGUCCUCGCGCCCAAAGGUCUCCGGACGGGCGCGCUGUGGACGCGGUGCUUGUGGACUUGGUCAGCGACAGCGAUGAGGAUAUCGUGGAAGUGGUGGCCGCGCGGGGAGCAGCGGACCCGGUGGAGCCCAGGUCUCCGGAGCCCCGGUCUCCGGAGCCCCGGGUGCCUACUACACUCCGGGACGACAGCGACAGCGACGGGGCGGACGCGCGGCCCUCAGCAACCCCGCAGACCCUGGUCAGGCGGCGGCGGCGGCGACUGCAGCUGGACCCGGGGGAGGCGCCGGUGGUCCCGGUGUACUCCGGGAAGGUGGAAAGCAGUUUCCAUCCCAUCCCUGUUUCCGUGUCUCUCCUGAAAUUCCACCCGGAAGGUGCCGAGGAAGGUGCUGAGGAAGAGGCAGAUGUGGCAGAUUCCAGCAGUCCACACCCUGAGGAUCUCCCUUUUCCAAGCUCUCCCUGGAAGCUGAGGAGUAAGGAUGAGAGAGAAGAGAAGGAAAAGGUGUUGCUGGUUCCGGACAUCUCUCCUUUGCCCUCACCUCCAAGAAGCAAAAACAAGAAGCAUACCCGGGCACUCCGGAAGUUAAGGGAAGUGAACAGACGCCUUCAGGAUCUCAGGUCCUGCCUGAGCCCUCAGCGCCCUCAGGGCCCGGACUCCCGGGGCCAAGAUGAUGAGGUGGUCUUCGUAGAGGGGCCCGUCCUCCCAGAGAACACCCGGCUCUUCCCACUCAAAGUCCGCUGCCGGGCUGAUGUGGUCCGAUUGCCCAUCAGAAUGUCAGAGCCACUGCAGAGUGUCGUGGACCACAUGGCCUCUCGUCUCGGGGUGGCCCCAAGCAGGAUCCUCUUGCUCUUUGGAGAAACAGAGCUGUCCCCGACUGCCACCCCCAGGACCCUGAAGCUUGGCGUAGCUGACAUCAUUGACUGUGUGGUGUUGGCAAACUCCCCAGAGGAUGGAGAGGUGUCCCAGCAGCUCCGGCUCCGGGUGCAAGGGAAAGAGAAGCACCAGAUGCUGGAGAUCUCGUUGUCUCAAGAUUCUCCUCUCAGGACCCUCAUGUCACACUAUGCGGAGGCCAUGGGGCUCUCUGGACACAAGCUCUCCUUCUUCUUUGAUGGGACGAAGCUUUCAGCAUCCUCUCCCAUUGGCGUCCUGUCUUAUAUAUUUAUACACAUUUGAAUAUGAAUGUCUUUAAGAGGUAGUGUGUUUUAUGGGUGAAUGGUGUUGUGCAAUAGAUCUAAUUCUGUUUUCGCCCACCCACCAUGUGUGGAGCUCCCGCCCUGCUGCUUGUUGUGGGCCUGUCGUUACCCAGAGCUGCUCUGUGGCACUCAUGGGCAUCAGCUGCAUUUCACUCACCGAUGCCUUACGUGGUCACAGCUGUGCGCCUCCGACACCUUGGCAUGGAUACAAGGCCCCGACGAGCACCCUUUCUGGGGCCCUUCUGUGCUGUGUGAGCAGUGUUUGGCCUGCAUACCCAGGGAAGGUGUGGCUCACACAGGCCAAUUUCUGCAGCUUCCCAGAUUUUCCUCAGAAUGAGGACUGACCCACUUGAAGUUUUCUUUUCUCCUCAUUCUUAGCAGCACUUAAUAUUUCUCAGCUAUCUGAUUUUGGCUAAUCUGAUGGGUAUAAAGUGACACUGUGAGCUGGGCGUGGUGGCGCAGGCCUGUGAUGCCAGCACUUGGGAGGCUGAGGCAGGAGGAUUGUUUCAAGUUCGA